UCCCUCCCAGUGCCCCACCUCCACAUACCGGCACCUUGGGGUUACUAUUUCAACACAUGAGUUUUGGGGAAUGGAAACAUUCAGACCACAGCAGGCAGGGAGAAGGAUGGAGAAACAAGUCAGUGUGCAAGAUGGGACAGACAUUAAUGCCGAGACAGAGGAAAAGCGGGGAGAGGCGGAGGGCGAGAGAGACAGAGAGCAGGGGGCACACCACGGAGACAGCGCCAGCGUCUGGAGGCAAGAGAGCUGGAGGAGAGACGAAGGGGCCGGCGGUGUGGAGACACAAGACAGCGUGCUGGGCAGCUCCAUGUCUCACAGAGACAUGCCACAGGCAGCCAUGGGGAGGGAAAAACGGGGCCCCGGGUGGGCAGGCCCCAGUGGCGCUUGUUCAGCCUAGCCUUGUGCCCACAGCCUACAAGGAGAAGAUGAAGGAGCUGUCAGUGCUGUCACUCAUCUGCUCCUGCUUCUACACACAGCCGCACCCCAACACCAUCUACCAGUACGGGGACAUGGAGGUGAAGCAGCUGGACAAGCGGGCCUCUGGCCAGAGCUUCGAGGUCAUCCUCAAGUCCCCUUCUGACCUGUCUCCAGAGAGCCCUAUGCUCUCCUCUCCACCCAAGAAGAAGGACACCUCCCUGGAGGAGCUGCAAAAGCGGCUGGAGGCAGCGGAGGAGCGGAGGAAGACGCAGGAGGCGCAGGUGCUGAAGCAGCUAGCGGAGCGGCGCGAGCACGAGCGCGAGGUGCUGCACAAGGCACUGGAGGAGAACAACAACUUCAGCCGGCAGGCGGAGGAGAAGCUCAACUACAAGAUGGAGCUCAGCAAGGAGAUCCGCGAGGCGCACCUGGCCGCACUGCGCGAGCGGCUGCGCGAGAAGGAGCUGCACGCGGCCGAGGUGCGCAGGAACAAGGAGCAGCGAGAGGAGAUGUCAGGCUAAGGGACCGGGACGGGCGGCGCCCAUCCUGCGACAGAACACGUUCGGGUUUUGGUUUUGUUUCGUUCACCUCUGUCUAGAUGCAACUUUUGUUCCUCCUCCCCCACCCACGCCCCCAGCUUCAUGCUUCUCUUCUGCACUCAGCCGCCCCGCCCUGUCCUCGUGGUGAGUCGCUGACCACGGCUUCCCCUGCAGGAGCCGCCGGGCGUGAGACGCGGUCCCUCGGUGCAGACACCAGGCCACCAGGCCGGGCGAGGCUGGGUCCCCUGGGGGCCUUGUGAGAGAGGUGGUGGUGACCGUGGUAAACACAGGGCGGUGGCGUGGGAUCGCGGGUCCUUACGCUGGGCUGUCUGGUCAGCAUGUGCAGGUCAGGGCAGGUCCUCUGAGCCGGCGCCCCUGGCCAACAGGCGAGGCUACAGUACCUGCUGUCUUUCCAGGGGGAAGGGGCUCCCCAUGCGGGAGGGGCAAUGGGGGAGGGGGGUGAUGGUGCCUGGGAGCCUGCGUGUUAAGCGGGAGCUUGUUGAACUGGCAGGCAGGUGGGUGGGGGCUGCAGCUCUCUUUAAUGUGGUUGCACAGGGGUCCUCUGAGACCACCUGGCCUGAGGUGGACACCCUGGGCCUUCCUGGAAGCCUGCAGUUGGCGGCCUGCCCUGAGUCUGCUGGGGAGUGGGCAUGCUCUGCCAGGGGCCCAUGAGCAGGCUGCUGUGGUCUAGAGGUUGUGGGCAGCAUGGACAGUCCCCCACUCAGCAGUGUGAGAGUUCCAAAGAGCCUCUGGCCCAGGCGCCUCCGUGAGACAGCCCCGCCGCCCUCCCCACCAGGGCUUUGCGGAUGUCCUUGAAAGACCUGCCCUAGAGCCCUUUGGAGUGCUGGCCCCUCCUGUGCCCUCUGCCCUGGUGGAAGUGGCAGCCACAAGUCCUCCUCAGGGAGCCCUAAGGGGGAUCUUGUGGGACUGCUGCCCACAGAUUCAGGUGUUGGAAGGGCAGCGGGUAAGGUUCACAAGCCACCCCCCACACCCUUCCCACUCAGCACCCAGAGGGGGCUGUGGGUUGAGGCCUGACUCCAGGCCUCUCCUGCCCACACCUUCUGGGCUGGGUUCCUUCUCUCCCUUGGAUGCCCAGUGCUGGCCUUGGAGGAUGGUCAUCUAGAGGACGGGGGUAGGGGAGGCUGUCUUUGUACCACUGCAGCAUCCCCCACUUCCCCACGGAAGCCCCAUCCCAAAGCUGCUGCCUGGCCCCUUGCUGUAAAAUGUGAAGGGGGCAGCUGAGUUCCUUAGGACCCAGAGCCAGGGCCCUCAGCUUCCAUCCUGCAGGAGGCCUUGGCCAGGCACUGCGAGCGUCUUCCAGGGCCACACCAGGGACUAUGGGAGGAUCCUGACCCCUGCAGGGCUCAGGGGUCAGCAGGGACCCACUGCCCCAUCUCCGUCUCCCCACCGAGACAGCCCCAGAGGGAGCAGCCAGCUGGGAUGGGAACCCAAGGCUGCCCACACGUGGCUUUUGUGGGACUCAGAAAGGGAAGCAGAACUGAGGGCUGGGAUUCUCCUCACGGUGGCAGCUCUCGUAGCGAAAGCCUAGUGUAAUAUGCACCCAUCUCAUCCACGUAGUAAAGUGAACUUAAAAAUUAAAUCAAACGAACAAUAAACACCUGUGUGUGUAAGACA